AUGGCCAGCGACAAGCUACAGGAAGCCGUAACCAGCAUGCUGGACCGCUUGGACCGCAAAAUUCUGCGCGAUAUGCAGAGUGAUAGCUAUCUAUGUGCUGCCAAGGUGUUUGAAAACAAGAACUGGUCGUCAGAGCAGCUUGAUGCCGCCGUCGAGCGCUGUCAACUGCCGACAAAACAGGUCAAUCAGUUUAUGCAGCAGGAGAUGCAAAGUUUGCAGAACCGUGUUCAACGCUGCGCGCAAGAUUGUCAGGAUAAAGCACGGGACUUACUUCCAGCCAGUGGCGGUCCCAGUGAUUCGCAGAUUGCGCAUAUCCAGAAGGAUAUGGAGAAGUGCAUUAGUCGCUGCAUGGACACGCACGUGAGUCUACUGCCCAAUAUAAGCUUGCGUAUUGAACAGGCAGUGGAUCAGGUGAAGAAGCAGCAGCAGCCAUAA